CACACGCUCUCUCCCCCACUCUAACCAUCUUGAGAGCUGGAGGCCCACCAACGAGCUUUGAUUUGAACCGUCGGAAGUUCCACCGACGAGCUUCAGCUUCAGCUCUGCGGAUGCGUCUCCUUUGGUUGUCUCUCCUUCACUUUGGCGCUCUCGGUAAUCCGCAAUUUUCUGAGAUGUUAGAGCUGAGUAGCAAUGGUUGAAAGCUUGGGGAAUGGUUCUUUGGUGGAUCUGGGCGAGGAGGUGGAGCCGUUGCCGCGGGAGUUCGAUCCGGUGGAGAUCUCGUGCGGGAUAAAGUCGGAGGCGAAUGGGGCCAUAGGAGAGAGAGAUCGUUCUUUGGAGGAAUGUACAUACGAUGUGUCUCACGAUUGAUAAUGGGAAGGACGAGGUUACUGGCGAGAAGGUCGCUUAUAUGGCCGGUGUUCUAGUGAGGUUAUCCCUAUAAUUUGGACUUUGAUUAUGGUGUUCUGGGUCAGCUGCAAUAUUUCUUGAUUAACAACCUGGUAGUUUCAUGCAAGGUUUCUGUGGAUGAGAAGGGGAUAAGCAAAGGGUUCAGAUUCGUUCAGAUGGAGUCUGAGGAAGCUGCUUUGUUAGCGAUCAGAGGUUUGAACGGAAAGGACCUCAAGGAUGAGAUCAAGAAACUUGUUUUCUUUUUACCAUGCAGUUGCAAGUUCUCUGAAUUUGGCAAGGUCAACAGUGCUAUUGUCAUGAAAGACAGUACUGGAAAGUCUAAAGGGUUUGGGUUUGUUAGCUUUGAGUUGCCAGAACAUGCGAAGAUUGCAAUGGAAGCAAUGAACGGCUCAAAACUUGGUUCAGGGUCAAAGAUUUUAUAUGUCAGACCAGCUCAGAAUAAAGCAGAACGUGAGAAGAUAUUGAAGUUACAGUUUGGAAAGAAGCUAGAUCAACCACUGAAGAAGAACCAGGGUGAGACGGUGUAUGUGAAGAACCUUGACAUCUCAGUUGAUGAUAUCAAUGUUCUUUACUAUAAUAACAAGGUUGAGUUCUUCACAAAAACAUUGUAAUAACACUGUUUUAAUAGUGUACCUGACAGAACAUUCUGAUUGUUAACUUGGUUUGAUUCUUAUCUAGCAUUGCUAUUUUCUUU